UAAUGGAUCUUUCCAAAAUCUUUUUCUCACUUCUCAGAGCCAUCAAUCGCCAUCACCAUCUAUCUCAUAUCUCAUCUUCCGACCACAAGCAAAGAGCUUUUGUGCUGUGGUUUGUGCUGUGGAUUAAUUGCUUGAAGAUCGAUGAUGUGCAUACAACGUUAGUUACAUUGAGAUAUUCAGUACUGUAGAAUAAUUAAGAUGGCAUCACCCCAGACGACUCUGGCUCGGCGCUGCAUUGUCCGUCCCGUACGACAGAAAAAGACUGUGAGUCCAUCGGUUGCUGCCAUUCAAAGAGCCAACGACAGUAACCAUAACCAUCAUCAUGAUAAUGAUCCACCACCCACACGACAACAAGCAUCUCAAUUCUCGUGGAUGAAACAUGGCGUGGGCAGAUUGACAGCUACUAAUGUGAAUAAUAGUCAAAAUAAACGGCCGUCGACCCAAUUGACCCAAGUCAGUCACAAGGCUCCCAUGCGAUGGUUGCCGCUAAAAUCGUCCCGGGUCGAACAAGCGGGAGCCGCCGUGGCAGCCAUGAGUAGCUACGGAGCCGGCCUCUUGCCGGGAGAUGUCAGUGCCGUGCAUCUCAAGGUACAACCACACGCAAGAUUGGGAGUCCUCACGCAGGGAUCCAACCGGAUUUACAAACAGCACAAGACAUUUGUUGGCAAGCAAGACGACAAUAAUCCACAAAUGGCCAAGGCUACUCUGGCAGCCACAGUCCAAGAAGGAGCAUUCUUGGUCCUGGCGCCAGAUCCAACCGUUCCCUUUAAAGCGAGUGCGUUUCAUCAACAGCAGCUAUUCACAGUUCAUCCAAAAGCAUCUCUCGUUGCCAUUGAUUGGUUCUCUUCCGGACGAUUCGCCAAUGGAGAGCGAUGGCAAGCGUCACGGCUAUCAUUGGAAACAAAACUCAAUCUACUACCACCAGAAGAAGGAGACUCAACAAGCAACCACCAAACUAUUGUAUGGGAUGCCACCACGUUGGAUCAGAACAGCAUUCAGCAACAUCAUGAUGAUAGCAGCAAUCCAUUUGGAUUUGAUCUAGGACAAAACUCAUUCAAUGCCUUUGCGUCCAUGUUGUUGUAUGGAAAAGAAAGCCUUCCGGUUGUGGAACAGUUGCAGCAAUUGCAGUAUCAAUUGGCCAGUCCCUACACGAGGUUGCGAAUGCCAGAUGACACGAGUAUUAGUGAUGCCGUUGUUGACAAUGGCACCACGGGACGAAUCCUGCUCGGAGUCAAUCAAGUAGAAGUGGCAGUGGCGGAUCAUCAUGACGUAGGGCCCGUGUACAUGGCCCGAUGGGCCGCGGAGUCUAAUGAAGAUCUGUACCGAAUGUUCCAUCGGGCCCUCCGACCGUUGGCGCCCAGCUUUGGAAUCGAGUUUUAUCAAGAUCGAAUUCGAGCCACAUCGUCCGGACCAGCACCGAAUCAUCGAACAACAACAACAACAACAACAACGACAGGAGAAGCAACCAAGGUGGUGUUCCCAUCCAGCCGUGUACCAACAACCUCAAAGGCAACAGGAGGUGUGCCCUUCCCUAUUAGUGUGCCCUUCCCUACCACAAACCAGGCAUCCUGGAAUGCCUUUAUGCUGGCGGAUUCGGCUUUGCCCACUGGAAGUUUCGCCCAUUCUGCCGGAUUGGAAACAGCCGCGCAAUUGGGAUUGCUAUCUAACAGCAACGAAUCGACGUCAGCAGAAGCAGAAGAUGAGGCAGACGACAAUGUACAAACAUUCAUCCAGGCAGCCACUCGAUCUUCUCUUCAACAGGCCACGCCUUGGAUUCAGGCGGGGCAUUCGAUGAUUGGAACAAAAACUUUGAACGAGAGUAAUGACGUACCAGGAAAACUAGAUGUAUCUGAUCUUGUGGAGCAGUGGGAGCAAUUGGAUCGUCAUGUCCAUUCGGUAUUGGUGUGCCAGGCACCUGCCUGUCGUGCUUCUCUGGAUCAAGGAAGGAAUCUUCUUCGUGUGGCAAUACCUUGGCUAGAGGCGUCGUCGCCGGAGCAUCCGGUGCUGGACGUCUUUCGAGGUGUACAGGAACGACUCGUCCAAACCAACACAUCCGGUCACGUUGCACCGCUGUUUGGGAUCUUGGCAAAGGCUCUGGGAUUGACGGCCGACGAAGCGUCUCAAUUGAUGGGCUUUUGUGUCGCUCGGGACAUUGUCUCUGCAGCAGUACGACUCAAUCUAUUGGGACCUUUGGCAAGUGUCGGUGUGCUGUCCAAGGUGCACGCUGCGGCCCAGCAAGGAGUUCACUCGCACUUGUUGGACAAUGGGUCAGCUAGCAGCUCUGAAGAUGCAAAGCGUAAUCUUUUGUGGACAGACACAUUGACGGGAGGAUGUGCUCCGGUGGUUGAUGCAAUUCAUCCUUGCCACGACAUUUUGGCAGUAAGGUUAUUUCGCACUUAAUGUUUCCAUAAGAGGCCCUAGCUAAUGACAUUGCGAGAGCAAGUAUAUGUAUGGUACCGUACU